UCUCCAGUCGCGUCCCCCAAACCGUCCCCCAAAGGGAUUUGGGGCGCGCCGGACAAAAAAAGCGUUCCAGCCGCGUCCCCCAAAGCCCAUUUUUGUCCGGCGCGGCCCCAUACGGUGUCCGGCGCCCCGAGCCCGUCCCCGUCCCACAGGGGACGCUCCGGGGACGCCGGACACAACGAAAAGCGAGGCGAGGAGGCGCGGGGCCGACGCGUCAGCGGCACAGGGAAAAAUCGUCUCACACUCCCGCCAAAUCCCGCCGCUCCCGCCAAAUCGCGCCUAUACCGCCGCGCACAGGCCUCCCAAAACACAUCCCGCCGCCGAUUCAUUUCUCCUAUCCCGCCGAUUUCUUUCUCCCUCCCGCCGUCCACCCGCCGCCGCUACCCUCUCCCCAUUCCAUGGCGCCGCCGACAGCCCCCAAAAAGAUGGCGAAGAAAGCGGCCAAGAAGCCGCCGGGCAAUGCGACGAUAGGGGCGAAAGCGCCGUUCGCGAAGCCGCGGAAGGCGCCGGCUGCGAAGAAGAAGCCUGAAGGAAUGACCGACGAUGAAUGGCAGCAAGAUUGCCUGCGCCGGAAGCUAUCGACGGCGGAGCGGAAAGGACGGAGGGCGGUGGAGCGGGAGAAGAAGGCUCAGGCGGCGCGCCAGCACCAGCACGUAAUGGCCGGGUGUAUCGCCGCCACCAACGCGAGCCCAUGGAGUACGUCCAUGCCGGUGUACGUUCCCGGAGUGAUCUCUCCGUUGCAAGCCGCCUUCUACAACGACGGCCCCUCCGCCACUCCCGGGUGCGUGACGCCUAACUUGUCGCCGCACUACCAGGAUGCGCUGCCGCACGGCGGCUUCAACCCGAACAACCUCUACUCCCCGGCGUACGAGCAGCGCGAGCCAGGCCCCGGUCCGGACGGCGACCCUUUCACCGGCCGCAGGGGUCCGCUCGAAUACGACGGCGCCGGUGCUGAGGAGGACGACGGGGUUGAGGAGGACGACGAGGAAGAGGAGGGGGUGGAGGACGACGAGGAGGACGACGAUGAGGACGAAGAGGGCGGCGACGAAGAGGACGACGAGGGUGCCGGUGACGAUGAUCUCGUGGAGGUAGACGCGGACGGCGUGAGGACGAAGAAGAAGAAGAAGAAGGCGUCGGGCACACGAGGCCCGAAGUGGACGCCUCUGGAAGAUCUUUGCCUCUGCGAGUCGUGGGCGACGGUGAGCCAUGACUCCAUCAUCGGCGCCAACCAAAAAGGCGGGAAGUAUUGGGCGAGGAUCAAGACCGAGUUCGAUGAGCGCAAGCUCAUCAACAGCGACUACCAGAAAGUGACAAUGAAGAGGAGCCAAAAGGCAAUGUCGACGCGAUGGGCCAUCAUCCAGGCGUCGGUGAACUCCUUCCAUGGGUACCAUCAGGACUUAGAGACCAGAGGCGACAGCGGCGCCGACGUCGCCCAACUGUUUGAUCGGGCCAUGGAAAUGUACGCCAAGAACUCGGAAGGUCACAAGCCGUUCGCGCUGAUGCAUUGCUAUGGCAAGCUCAAAGUGAAUGAGAAAUGGCGGCUGACGCGCCCUGUCGCUGUCCAAGGGGAAGGACGCCAUUGA